AUUUUCAGAUAAUCUGUUCACAAUGGUUUCUGUGGUGACUGUUAUUUCAUUCUUCUUUUCGUCUGCUUUCCUGCUGCAGUUCUCUAGCUGCCGCUCAAUUGACGAAAAUUCUCAGUUGGCAUCAGCUCUGAAACAAGGUGAUAUAGAGAGGGCCAGAGUUUAUAUCAGAGGAGGUGCCUUAGACGAUUUCUCUGGACCCAAGAAUAGGGAAAAAAUUUACAGCAAACUCCGCACUGUACAAUUCCUGUUAUCCAAUGGUAUCACUAGAAUUAACACUCAAGAAAAUGACUUGAACAAAGAUCCACGCGAGGAAGGUGCGUUUGAUGUAGUGUUAAUACCUAAAACUUCACUGAUCACGCGCAUGGUUGUCAACAUAACAGCGGUGAGAAAUUGGGGGAACAAGACAGUAAUCAUAGAAGGGGGGAAACCCAUUCAUCUCAUCUGCUUAUUGCCGGAUGUAAGUCCGAGAAUUGUUCAGAUCAUUUUGGAAAACGGAAGUGAUGAUGUCAACACCAUUUUUGAUUCGGGAGCGACGCCAUUGAUGUUGGCAGUUAUAAACGGAAACUUGGAAGUUGUAAAGUUUCUGGUUGAGAGAGGAGCUAGAGUUAAUGAUACCGGUUCCUUCCCAAUAAAAGGCGUGAAACUUCAAGAACACUUUAUAUUAUCUAAAUUAUUUUCCAAAACAGAAUUAAACGUUGAACCGUACUUCAAUUACUCAGCAUUGAUCUUCGCCAUAUUAAGUAAUAAUUUAGAUGUUAUUGGUUAUCUGCUAAGUAAAGGAGCGGACGUAAAUAAUAAAGGAAAAAGCUGGGUAAUGCUUUAUCAUGGAGUGCUUGAAAAUAAAAAAGAGAUUGUAGAGAUCCUUUUGAGAAACGGGAUCAACGUUAACGGUAAAGAUUUUGUUGGAUCUACUGCUUUGCACAAGGCAGUCGAUUUAGGAAAUAUCGAAAUGGCUAGACUUUUGUUGAAAUAUGGCGCUAAUUUGAAUGCCACUGACGCCUUGGGUUGGAUGCCGAUCCACGUAGCUUCAUUUAAGUCGAAAAAACACGGUAAAGAGAUGAUCCAAUUCCUUGUCCAAUCGGGGAGCAGUAUCAAUGCUGUAACUGACGGAGGAUACUCUCCUUUGAACUUGGUCGAAGUUGUCUACGAUCCAUCAUUCCUCUCUUUUCUAUUCAAAAAUAUUGACUCUUUAAAUCAGAACAGACAUUACUCACAUCUUCCUGAAGUAAAUGCGAACGAAACGCACACUGACAUAGUGAAUUCGGUUAUUCGACUAGGAGCUUCGCUGAACCACCAAGACGAGAUCUUCGGUUGGUCUACUCUCCACUGGGCAGCUGCAUCGGGCGAUCUGGACACUGCUAAGUUGUUAGUAAAGUACGGUGCUAUGGUCAGUUCCAGGUCUAAAAUGGGCCUUAAUCCUUAUGAGACUGCCCAAUAUUUUGGAAGGAAGAAAGUUGCCGAAUUUCUUAAAACAGCCAAAGACCUGGUCCAAUAAUUUGGUUCGUAGAGGGAAAUGAAAAAUUGAUAAGCAUUCUUCAUCCGAGAUUUAUUGACUACGCAAAGAUUUUAUACAUGUUGCAUUUUUCAUUAUUUACUUAGUAAACGUAAUGUAAGCUAACUAUGAUUAUUAUUACAAUAAUUAUAUGAUUAUUUCAUUCCUUUUUAAAAUAAAU